CACAUUCACACAGGCUUCUUAUACAACAAUCUAAUUUAUCUACAUCUAUGCACAGAUAGAGAUCUAACCACCCUAAACGCACACUGUACAGUAGUAGACCUUUAUUGUGUGCUAGAAUGUACCACGUUACUGUAUGACAUAUAAACACUUCAUAGAUAACACCAAACAGACCGGAAGGACCCCCACAGGCACCUUGCCACACACCCACAGAACCUCACAAACUAAAGGAGUGGUGAUACCCUCUCCGAGACAUUCCUGUGGAGGUGAGGUGAGACCAUAACAAUGCUUCGACUCCAGCGUCACGUAGCUCAGCUACGGGGUUUGGCCGAGGACCAUCUUGCCACCUUAACGACCCGCUCACGAUGCCAUCCUGGUUAUCGCCUGCCAGCAUCGCUGAGGCAGGCGUCUUCAUCUGCAGCCGAUGGGAAACCCAUCCAGAAACUCCUUGUUGCUAACCGAGGAGAAAUUGCCAUCCGAGUGUUUCGGGCUUGCACCGAAAUGAAUAUCCGUACCGUUGCAAUUUAUUCAGAACAGGAUAUGAUGCACAUGCACAGACAGAAAGCUGAUGAGUCGUAUUUGAUAGGCAAAGGCCUAGAACCAGUGGCUGCGUAUCUGAAUAUUCCAGGAAUAAUACAAGUUGCUCAAGAAAACAAUGUUGAUGCCAUUCAUCCUGGUUAUGGCUUCCUCUCAGAACGUUCAGAUUUUGCUCAAGCCUGUAUAGAUGCUGGUAUUAACUUUAUUGGUCCAAGCCCUCAUGUUGUUCAACAGAUGGGUGACAAAAUUGAAGCCCGUCAAGCUGCCAUUAAUGCAGGUGUUACAGUGGUUCCGGGUACAGAUACGCCCGUCAAAGAAGCAGAAGAAGCUGCUGCCUUUUGUCAGAAGUUUGGCUUACCCGUGAUUUUCAAAGCUGCUUUUGGAGGUGGUGGUCGUGGAAUGAGAGUAGUAAGAAAACUUGAGGAUGUAAAAGAGAGUUUUGAACGAGCGUCUUCUGAGGCUCUGGCUGCAUUUGGUGAUGGUUCUUUAUUCUUGGAGAAAUUUAUUGAGAGACCCCGUCAUAUUGAAGUUCAAAUUCUUGGUGAUAAAUAUGGCAACGUCGUGCAUUUAUACGAGCGUGACUGCUCAGUGCAGCGACGUCAUCAGAAGGUCGUAGAAAUCGCACCAGCUCCCCAGCUGGAUGAGGGAUUGCGGCAAGCAAUGGCCAAAAGUGCACUUAAGCUUGCUGAUCAUGUUGGCUACCAAAAUGCUGGCACCGUUGAAUUUCUCUUGGACAACGAUGGACGUUUUUACUUCAUUGAGGUCAACGCACGGCUCCAAGUCGAACACACAGUUACUGAAGAGGUCACCGGAGUUGACUUGGUUCAAUCCCAGAUCAAAGUAGCUGAAGGCAAAAGUCUGUCAGAGAUUGGUUUAACUCAAGACAACAUCAAAUUACAUGGUUGUUCCAUCCAAUGCCGAAUGACUACUGAAGAUCCUGCAAAAAAUUUCCAACCUGAUACUGGCAGAAUUGAGGUGUUUCGGAGUGGCGAAGGUAUGGGCAUACGUCUUGACGGCGCUUCAGCUUUUGCUGGUGCCAUUAUCUCGCCCUAUUACGAUUCCCUCCUGGUGAAAGUCAUUGCUUCAGCUCGCGACCAUCCCUCUGCUUGCGCCAAGAUGCUUCGAGCCCUCAUGGAAUUCCGAAUUCGUGGAGUGAAGACCAACAUUCCAUUCCUGUUGAAUGUGCUCCAGAAUGAACGGUUCCUCUCCGGCAUCGUCGACACAAACUUCAUUGACGAACACUCUGAGCUGUUUCAGUUUGAACCAUCGCAGAACCGAGCGCAGAAACUCCUCCACUACAUGGGCCAAGUCAUGGUCAACGGACCACAAACACCACUUGCUACCAAACUCCAGCCUUCAGACACUGAGCCAACAGUUCCUGAAAUUCCUGUCGACAAAAGCCGUCCAAAUGGUUGGCGAACAGUUCUGCUUCAAGAAGGGCCAGAGGGUUUCGCCAAGAAGGUCCGUCAACACAAAGGCCUGCUACUGAUGGAUACCACAUUCCGAGAUGCUCACCAAUCUUUACUUGCCACCCGAGUACGCACCAGGGACCUCUUAAACAUCUCACCGUUUGUGGCACACAAUUUUAACCAAUUCUACAGUUUAGAGAACUGGGGAGGCGCCACAUUUGAUGUUGCUCUUCGGUUCCUUCAUGAAUGUCCCUGGCAACGUCUCCAAGAAAUGAGGAAACUGAUACCAAACAUACCAUUCCAGAUGCUCUUGCGUGGUGCCAAUGCUGUCGGCUAUACCAACUACCCUGACAAUGUGGUCUACAAAUUCUGUGAACUGGCUGUUUCCCACGGAAUGGACGUCUUCCGAGUGUUUGAUUCUUUGAACUAUGUUCCAAACUUGGUGGUUGGAAUAGAUGCUGUUGGCAAAGCAGGUGGAGUUAUUGAAGCUGCUAUUUCUUACACUGGAGAUGUGGCUGAUCCAACCAAGACAAAAUAUGAUAUGAAUUAUUAUAUGAACCUUUCUGAAGAACUUAUCAAGGCAGGAACUCAUAUCCUAUGUAUAAAAGACAUGGCUGGACUUCUUCGUCCGAAAGCCGCCAAAAUGCUCAUCGGUAAUUUGAGGGACAAGUACCCAGACAUGCCGAUCCACGUUCACACACACGACACGUCAGGCGCCGGGGUAGCUGCAAUGCUUGCCUGCGCCGAGGCUGGUGCCGACGUUGUCGAUGUCGCUGUAGACUCCAUGUCGGGAAUGACGUCACAGCCAAGUAUGGGUGCAGUAGUUGCCUCCCUUGAAGGAACAGACAAUGACACAGGUAUCGAUCUUGACAAGGUUUCCACAUAUUCUGCCUACUGGGAGCAAGCCCGUAACCUGUAUGGACCAUUUGAAUGUUGCGUCACAAUGAAAAGUGGCAACUCUGACAUUUACAAAAAUGAGAUUCCAGGGGGCCAAUAUACCAAUUUACAAUUCCAAGCUUUCAGCCUUGGUCUGGCCGACCAAUUUGAAGAAGUCAAAAAGAAAUACGUGGAAGCUAACAUGUUGAUGGGAGACUUGCCCAAGGUCACCCCAUCGUCCAAAGUGGUCGGGGAUAUGGCCCAGUUCAUGGUACAGAAUAAGCUGUCUCCCGACGACGUCCACAACAGAGCUGAAGAAUUGUCGUUCCCUGUCUCAGUGGUGGAGUAUUUCCAGGGGCUUCUUGGAGAGCCUCCGGGUGGAUACCCAGAGCCGCUCAGAACAAAGAUCUUGAAAGGAUUGCCGAAGAUCGACGGUCGUCCUGGGGCCUCUAUGGAACCAUUUGACUUUGAGAAACUGCGUGAAGAACUGAAAGUGAAGCAUAAGACAAACGUUCAUGAAGUCGAUCUGAUGAGUGCUGCUCUCUACCCAAAAGUCUUCUCUGACUAUUUUGAAUUCCGACAGAAAUAUGGACCUGUUGAAUGUCUGGACACAAAACUGUUCUUGGUUGGUCCGCAGAUGGCACAGGAAUGUGAGGUAGAAAUCGAGCGAGGAAAGACCCUCCAUAUCAAAACUCUGGCCGUUGGUGACAUUGGAGAUGAUGGCCGACGAGAAGUUUUCUUUGAACUCAAUGGGCAGCUGAGGUCUGUGAGAAUCAUUGAUGAAUUAGCAAUGAAGGAUUUGGUAAUACAUCCAAAAGCAACAAGUGAUCCUGGUUCUAUUGGAGCACCAAUGCCUGGCACUGUUGUCGAUAUAAGAGUGAAGAAAGGUGACACUGUUGAGAAGGGCCAGCCAGUCUUGAUUUUGAGUGCCAUGAAAAUGGAGAUGAUUGUCACCGCCCCAUUAUCAGGAACAGUUUCUAGUGUAGCAGCGACAAAAGAUAUGAAGCUUGAAGGGGACGAUCUCUUGAUGGAAAUUCAACCAAAUUAGAUAGAAAACUGGUGAUGAUGAUGUCGAUGAUGGUGAUAUUGAUGAAUAAGUGUGAUAAUGAUGAUGAUGGUUAUGAUUCACAACUGAGGACAUGAUUUUCUUUUUGAAUUUAUAAAAUAUACAUCGACUUCAUCAAGAAACAGGCUCCAUCUUCCAUGAAGAAUAAUACACACACACAUAUACUUAUAUAUAUAUAUAUAUAUAUAUAUAUAUAUAUAUAUAUAUAUAUAUGUAUACUUACACAUAUUUAUAUACUACAUAGAUAUACAGUAGCCCCCUUUUCCCCUCCAUCAUAAAUUACAUCUCUCCCUUAUUUGUGGGUGUUGGGAAAAAAAAGCAAAAAAAUAACUGUCUUUCUUUGAUUCAACAAUUAAAUUAAUUACAACAUAUGCAUUAACACACACACACACACACAAAAAAAGACAU